UUAGGAUAAGCACAGAUCUUCCCAAGUGUACUCCUGGACAUAUAGUUAAGGGAGCUGUGAAAACAACAAGAGAACCGUACCUCUAAACCAACCGGACCAUGUUUCUAAACGUUGGCAUGCUUGCCACAACACACACCUCAGCCCCAUACAAUGGAAUAUUCUCCCAGUGGAUUUGAUGCUGAUUCGCCCUUAGAGGAUAUACUCUUCUUUUCAAGCUUGGUGGCUAAAUAGCUCAGAUCUUGGGUCUUACAAACAGACUUUGGAAAUCCUGAACUGCUUUCCCAGCAAGCAAACCUCUACAAGUAGCAGGGGGGCUGAGCCAAAGACUGGGACAUAAUCACACUAAUGACCAGGCCUCUGUCUGCCAUUAGCCCUCUGGAAGAGUGCCCUUUGCUUAGGAGACUCUCCUCUCCAGAGCAGCUCAGGGGAAAUGAAGAGGAACAGAAAAUGCAUAUCUCAAGCUCCACUUACAAAUAUAGGAAUGAGGAAUUUAAGAGACAAUUCUCGCACCUGCCAGAUUUGGAAAGGCUUGUAGUAGAUUAUGCCUGUGCUCUUCAGAAGGAUAUCCUCCUUCAAGGACGCCUGUAUCUUUCUGAAAACUGGCUCUGUUUCCACAGCAACAUCUUCCGAUGGGAGACCACAAUUUCUAUUGCCUUGAAGGAUAUCACCUUCAUGACAAAAGAGAAGACAGCUCGGCUCAUCCCAAACGCCAUCCAGAUAGCAACUGAAGGGGAGAAGUUUUUCUUUACUUCAUUCAAUGCCAGAGACAGAAGCUACCUCAAUAUCUUUAGAUUGUGGCAGAAUUCGUUGUUGGAGAAGAGACUGACCAAGCAAGAAUUCUGGCAGCUUGUACAGCAAAGCUAUGGCUCUGAGCUGGGCUUGAACACGGAAGAGAUGGAAAACAUUUAUUCUUCAUCAGAGGAGAAUGGACAGUCAAGAUCUAGCCUUUGUGACGAAUCUGGGGAUAAGGAGUCACCUAAAGCAGUUGGUGUAAUUCGAGAACCUAUUGCUCAGAUACUUGAAGUUGAAACGGAGUCUCUUAAUGGAAACAUACGGACAGAAGGCCCUGAGUUAGAGGAAUUGCACUGUGAUAAACAGGACAGGAGGAGUUCUCUGCUUCCUUCAGAAAGGAAGCCAACUGAUGUAGCACAACGCAAAUACUCACUACAGUCACCGGAUCUAAAUGAGAACUUCGCUCAAGAGAAGAGCAGUGCGUCAGAAAGUGACGAAGAAGAUGAGGAAACAUUCCCUGAGAGCGACCUACAUGGAAAACUCUUUAUUAAUCGUGUUUUCCGCAUUGGUGCAGAUAGGCUGUUUGAAAUGCUUUUCACUAAUUCCCAUUUCAUGCAGAGAUAUUUUAGUAGCAGAAACAUAACAGAUGCUGUAACAACUCCUUGGAACAGAGACAUUGGAGGCAAUCAAUUGAGGACCAUGACUUACACUAUUGGGCUCAACAAUCCACUUGUUGGAAAAUUCACAACUGCAACAGAAAAGCAGGUCCUGCAUAAACGGAGUCACAAAAAUCAUUGCUAUCGGGUAGACACAGAGGUGGUGACACACGACGUACCUUACCACGAUUACUUCUACACCGUGUAUAGUUAUUGUAUUGUUCGCAUGUCCAGCCAGAAGUGCAGACUACGGAUCUCCUCAGAUGUGAAAUACAGAAAGCAACCAUGGGGGCUUGUCAAGAAUAUAAUAGAGAAAAAUACAUGGGGUGGGAUAGGAGAAAACUUUAAGCAACUUGAAUCGGAAUUGCUAAUGGAAGAAUAUGAAAUGAACAAACCUGUGGAGGAUCCAGUGAAACUUGGUGUUUUGAGGAGGAGGAGGUGGACUUUACAAAGGAAUGUGGGAGAGAUACUUCCUAAACGUUCUUCACAGUACUCUUCAGGGGAGACAGGUGCACCUUCCCGUGGUGAUGGAGGACCAAAAAGGAAUGCUACAAAUAAGACCAUCACCAUCAUAGUGGUAAUGAGCAUCUUCUUGCUCCUACUGGUUUUGCUAAACGUGACGUUGUUCCUCAAACUGUCCAAGAUUGAACAUGCAGCUCAGUCAUUUUACCGUGUUCAGCUUCAGGAAGAAGGAUCUGUAAAUUUAGCCCUUAAUGUGGCAUCAAGAGAAAAAACUCACCAGCAGGACAAAGAUCAAGUCCAGCAUGUGAAAGGAGUUCUGAGGGACUCCAUAGCGCUGCUUGAACAGCUGAAGAAUUCCCUAUCUAUGCUCCAAAGUAGCUUUGAUCACCUAAACAAGACCAACAGCAGGAAGCCUGAAAGCUGAUGUCACCAAAGGAGAAUGAAGAUAUUUUGUAUUGAAUGUGAAGCUGCUUAUUUUUCUCAUAUUUCUGCUCACAACCACUUGCACACCUUAGAAAUAUAUCUAUAAAAUGUGUUCGUUUUUAAAGCCAUUAGCCUGUGAAUUCUCCUGAUCCACUUGACAUCUUCUUGUGAGCAGUUUCCUGAACUGUGAAUACCUGGUGUGAAUGAGUAAGAACAUUGUGUGGUCUGGUAAUUAUGUGAUAUGCAAAUUGUAGGGGGGGAGACUUCAGCAAGCAUUGUGAUCUGUAAAAAAGUAAAAAGUAAAAGUAAAUUGGACUCACAUCUUAUGGGGAAAUCAUUAACAUUUGGACUCACAUCUGAUGGGAAAAUCAUUAACAUUAUGAAGGAUGCAGCAUAGAUUAUCUUGUGGAGGUUGUAACACCCAGAAGUUCUCCAUAUGGUCUUUUUCCACAUCCAUGCAACAAUUAUUCAAAAGUAAGCAAUUUUAAAGGUCUGUACAUAUGUUCUAGAAAACUAUUUAUAAAUCUGAAUUUUGAACAUACUGAUUGUUAUGGUUGUGUGGGUCUUCUGCUGUACGAGUCAAAGCAAUUCUACCUCUUUCUACCACUGUCAUUUCAGCUCUCAGGAUUUCUCAGGAAUUGUCCUUAUAUGUCAGAAUUAUAUUAAAAAAAAAAGGCCAGUCCCUGAAUAUUUUUUAAAAUGCAAACAAUGCAUUAAUCUUACUGGCAUGCUGAGUCCAUUGAAGAACCAUGUAAGCCAUUGAAGAACAAUAGGCUUUCUAAAGUAUACUUCUGGAAGAGUAGAACAAAGUAGAAUGAUAGUGUGGCACAAAUAAAAUUGUGCCUCAUUCUGGCUGUGCUGGCGAUGUCUGUCUAUUAAAUGGAAGUGACCACAUUUGUGACUUCUAUUUUGGGUUUUAAAAUUACCACUUGAUGUUCAUCAAAAGUGCCUUUAUUCCUGUUUGUAUAGGAAACCAGCUUUAGCAGAUGCACCUACCUAGGCUUUAAAAAAAACCAAGAAGGAAGUACUGUUUAUGGACAGUGCAGACAGAAAUGUGUUGGAGCAAUUUGUGUCAAACUACCACAUGUUUUUGUAGUGUGUGUAUCUUUUUAAAAGCAUAGGCAUUGAAGUUAUAAAUUACUAGUCAGAUUAGAGAUAAAUGAAGGCCGUUUCUGUGAUGUCUCUUUACUUCUGAUGUAGUGUGUGCUUUUUGUACUUGAAAGGAACACCACACCGAUAAUUUUAUAAGGUAAGAAAAUGAAGUUGAAGAUUCUGUAUAUAAUACCUGGAGAAUUAUGUUAACCUUUCUGUGAAUAAAUAUGAGAGGAUCCAUUAAAGUUGCCAGAAGGUUUGCUGUACAUAAGAAGAGGCUGCAGGAUGAGGCCAGGGGCCUAUCUCUUUCAGCAUCCUGUUCUCAUAGUGGCCAAACAGAUGCCCAUGGCAAGCUCAAAAGCAGGACCUGAGUGCAACAGCCCACUGCCCACUUGUGAUUUCCAGCAACUAGUAUUCAGAGACGUACUGCCUCUCACAGUAGAGGCAGAAUAUAGCCAUUGUGGCUAGUAGGUGUUGAUAACCUUACCCUCCAGCCAUCCAAGUUGGUGGCCUUUACUGCCUCUUGUUGAGAGCAAAUCCCAUAGUUUAACUAUGCACUGUGUAAAGAACUACUUUCUUUUAUCUGUCCUGAACAGGGCUGGCUCACCUGUGAAGCAGGGUGAAGCAGCUAUCUCAGGUGGUAGAAGCCCCUGAAGCAAUGCCCCCAUGGGUGCCCCACCCACCCUGCACAGAAGCAGUGCUGAUUGCCGGUGAGAUCUGAGAAGAUUUCGCUGAAAUUUCAUGAGAUCUCAUGGAGCACAAGUGAUCUUGCUAUAAAUAUUCUGCUGGAAGCCGCCCAGAGUGGCUGGGGAAACCCAGCCAGAUGGGCGGGAAAUAAAUAAAUAAUAAAAAAUAGGCACUGAUUCCAGCAUGGCUUCUCUGCUAGUGAUGGGUGGUGCAGUGGUGUUGCCGGCAUGGUGGGAAGCAUGGAAGUGGGGGCUGGCACUUCCCAUUUUACCUCGGGUGGCGAAACAGGAUACUGAUACAUUUAAGGAUUUUGUUGUUGGUUUUUUAUGUUUUUAGCAAUGUGCUCAAAUUCUUCUUUAGCAUCUCUUAUUGGUUGGUAGCAUUUCUUUCACCUAAGUUUGUGUUGCUUUUCCUUCUCCUCAUUUGGAAAACUUCCAUUUUCUAAACGAAGCCUUCUUGCCUGUAAUAGCUUCUUGAUUUUAUGUAACUUCCUGAAGGUGGGAGCUUGGAGAUGCGAUGCACAACAACCGCCUGUCAUUGGAAUAGCAUAGCUAUUAUAGCUGUGAUUCUAAACAUGGUUACUAGCAAGCACUGAGUUCAGUGGGACUUAACUUCCGAGUAAACAUAGGAUUUCACUGCAUAUCUAAAAAGCAAACAAAAACUCACUGAAUAAAAUACAAAAAAAAGCUAAUAAAUGACUCUCAGGCCAACCACCUUUUUAUGUUUUGGGGUAGAGGCCAAGCUAAAUUAAAAACCAGGGCAGUUGACAAACUGGUAUGAAAUCAAAUGAGCUGUUAAAUGCAAGCAAAAAGAAUUGGGGUAGGGAAUGGAAACUACAAAGGUAAAAGAAAAGCAAGUGCUUCCCAUGAAAUACCAGUAUAACUGUACAGAGAAUAUAUUGGGAUGUUUUAGGAAACCUGGUUCUUGCUUGAAACAGUCAUAUAAAUGAAGCUUCCGUCUGCCCUAGAGAACAUUACUGAGUGCACUAAUCCUGAAUUUCUUGAACGCAAACCCUACUGUGUAGAGCCAGGUGAUGAGGUUCUAUAUUUCAUCCAAACUGAAGGGCUGUCUUGUAUUACAAACAGGUGAAGGAAGCAAGAGUCACUUGCAUUUCCCCUUUUGCAUCUGCUUUGCAAUAUGAGAAGUUGCUCAGUACUAAUCUAUUCUAGUUAUUUACCGUAGGUCAUUACUGGCUUGGAAGUAUCCGUGGUGCAUAACCGAUCAGCACUGGCAACACUUGUGUUCAUACAGUCCAGUGCUGGUACUGAAAUAAUAAUAAUAAUAAAUAAUAAUAAUAAUAAUUUAUUAUUUAUACCCCGCCCAUCUGGCUGGGU